GUGACGGGGUCCGGAAGCGGCUGUCCAGCAGACUUAAAAACGAUGGCUAGGGGUCGGCGCUGAGGCUGCGCGGGGUGGGUUGAGCUGGAGCCGGAGCCUGGGCUGGACAGGGUCGAGCCACCGCUACCAUGUCCACGCAGAGACUUCGGAACGAAGAUUAUCACGACUAUAGUUCCACAGACGUGAGCCCUGAGGAGACCCCAUCUGAAGGCCUUGGUAACUUCUCCCCUGGCUCCUACCAGCGCUUAGGGGAGAGCAAUAGCACAACAUGGUUCCAGACCUUGAUCCACCUACUAAAAGGCAACAUUGGCACCGGACUCCUGGGGCUGCCACUGGCAGUGAAGAAUGCAGGCCUCUUGUUGGGUCCUCUCAGCCUGCUGGUGAUUGGCAUCGUGGCCGUGCACUGCAUGGGGAUUCUGGUGAAGUGUGCUCAUCACUUAUGUCGCAGACUGAACAAACCCUUUUUGGACUAUGGGGACACAGUGAUGUAUGGACUGGAAUGCAGCCCCAGCGCCUGGGUCCGGAGCCACUCCCACUGGGGAAGGCGCAUCGUGGACUUCUUCCUCAUUGUCACUCAGCUGGGAUUCUGCUGCGUCUACUUUGUGUUUCUGGCUGACAAUUUUAAACAGGUGAUAGAGGCGGCCAACGGGACCACCACCAACUGUCACAACAAUGAGACUGUGGUCCUGGUGCCCACCAUGGACUCUCGACUCUACAUGCUCGUCUUCCUGCCCUUCCUGGUGCUGCUGACUUUCAUUAGGAACCUGCGCAUCCUGUCCAUCUUCUCCCUGCUGGCCAAUGUCAGCAUGCUGGUCAGUCUGGUCACAAUCUACCAGUUCAUCGUCCAGAGUAUCCCGGACCCCAGCCACCUCCCCUUGGUGGCUCCAUGGAAGACCUACCCUCUGUUCUUCGGCACAGCAAUUUUUGCUUUUGAAGGCAUCGGCGUGGUGCUACCCCUUGAGAACAAAAUGAAGGACUCACAGAAGUUUCCGUUCAUCCUGUAUUUCGGGAUGGCCAUUGUCACUGCACUCUACAUCAGCCUGGGGAGCCUGGGGUACCUGCAGUUUGGAGCUAGUAUUAAGGGCAGCAUCACACUCAACCUGCCCAACUGCUGGUUGUACCAGUCUGUGAAGCUGCUGUACUCCAUAGGCAUCUUCUUCACAUACGCUCUCCAGUUCUACGUUGCGGCUGAGAUCGUCAUUCCCGUCAUUGAGUCCCGAGUGCCUGAGCGUUGCAAGAUGGUGGUGGACCUUUGUGUACGCACUGCGAUGGUCUGCAUCACAUGUGUUCUGGCCAUCCUCAUCCCACGCCUGGACCUGGUCAUCUCCCUGGUGGGCUCUGUAAGCAGCAGUGCCCUGGCCCUUAUCAUCCCACCCCUGCUGGAGGUGACCACUUACUAUGGGGAGGGCAUGAGCCCCCUGACCAUCAUCAAGGAUGCCCUCAUCAGCAUCCUGGGCUUUGUGGGCUUCGUGGUGGGGACCUAUGAGUCUCUGUGCGAGCUGAUCCAGCCAAGCCAUGGCGAGAUCUCCACCAAUUCCACCAGUGCCUUCCUAUAAGGAUCUGGGUGUGUUCCCUGCACCUGCCAAGCCCCCACUCUUGUGUGUGUCCCAGUAGUGUCCCCACAGCCUCAGAUAUGGUUCCGCCUCUGGAGAAAGGCAAGGUUGCUGCCUGGGUACUCCUCCACCUGGCAUUGGACCCUGGGGUACCUUGAGUUUGGGAGGAGGGAGAGGAGCAGACAUUCCACUUGUGAUGGUGCAGUCCCUGCUUUCCUCUUCAUACCUCCUCCCUCAGCCCGGUCUCCCCCAUCUGACCGCCACACCUAAAUUCCCACAGCACAGCUCACUUUAUUUACAAGGUAAUGUCCUGCUCCUGGCAUUAAUGUCCUGCUCCUGGCAUUUCCUCCUUCCCAGGGCCAGGGCUAGAUUAAGUAAGUGGGGGACCCUGAUGUUUCACAAAGCCAGGCCUCUUUCUCAUCGGGCUCCCAAAUGCUGUGUACCUCACUCUCCCACCCAGCUGAGUCCUGAGAGGCUUCUGGACCCCCAAACCCUCAGACCAUACCACCGUAGCUCUCACUUCCUCUGUGUAGGUCACAAUACUGCCCUCUUCAUUCCUUUAGCUCUUAAAGAUAAUGAGAUGCUGCCCCGAUUGAAGGUAUUUAUAAUUUAUUUAAGCUUACAUUUGGGGAUCUGACUUCAGACCCGGCAUCAUGGUGGGUUACUUCAGCAGCUUGCACUUGGCUUCUCUUGCCACAAAGAAACCUGCUCCAGGGGACCAUGGUCCUUCACCCUCUUGGCUGUGUGGCCUAGGGGCCAUUCUUUUUGUUUUGUUUUGUUUUUUGUUUGUUUGUUUUUGUUUUCUGAGACAAGGUCUCAU